GAUUAAUUAAUAAAGAUUGUCUAUUCAUAGGCGGGAAAUCUUCAUACCUUCAAUUAACUUCCUGGACUUUUGGACACUCUAUCGCACAUGAUUGUUCGAAUGUUCUCGUCUACAAAAUAGAGACCAAUUUUAAUCCGCCAUACUGGCCUACUUGCAUUAUCAAGGAAUACGCAAAAUACUUCAAGACCGAAGCCUGUUUAUCUCUCAACAGACUUU